AUGAACAAAACAUCCCAUACUGAUGAGCCUUACGAGGGCGAUGACGGUUACAAUCAAAGCCCGAAUAUAUUUUCAAACGAUCUUACAACAAACGAGAAUUUCAACGGUCUUAUUAAUGCUCGUGCCAUGCUACAAAGCGACGACCGAUUAGCGCCAGACAAAGCUUCCAAUAAACUGGAACGAGUAUCUCACGACCUUGUCGCCAAACCUGCACAGGUUGAGGCCACUCCCAAGCUGGCUCAUGCGUCAACUGACCAUGGCCAGCCACCCGAUGGUGGUUUGCGAACAUCCGCACCCGCCACCUCGCCAGUCCCAGCUGGCGAUGCCGAUGACGGCACACCUUUGCAGCGUUUCAAAAAGAUGAUCGUUCGCAUCGGCUCGUUUGUUGGGCCAGGCUUCAUGAUUUCCGUUGCAUACAUCGAUCCAGGAAACUACUCAACCGACAUCGCCGCAGGAGCUUCAUAUCGCUUCCGUCUAUUGUUCGUGGUCCUUCUUUCAAACAUAUUUGCUAUUUUUCUGCAGAGUUUGGCUAUCAAGCUUGGUACCGUAAGCGGUCUCAACCUCGCUCAAGCCUGUCGUGCUUUUCUUCCACGAUGGUUGAACUACACUCUGUAUAUUCUUGCUGAGGCUGCCAUAAUCGCAACCGACAUAGCUGAAGUGAUCGGAUUUGCAAUUGCUUUGAAUCUUCUGGCUCCUAAAGUACCCCUUGUAGCGGGAUGUGCUAUCUCUAUCGUCGAUGUCAUGGUACUUCUAAUAUUUUACCGGCCAGAAGGGUCCAUGAAAAGCUUACGAUACUUUGAGAUUUUCAUCAUGCUCUUGGUUCUUGGUGUAGUUGUUUGCUUCUGUAUUCAGUUGUCUCUAAUACGUGAUACUUCGCCUGGAGAAGUUUUCAAGGGUUACUUACCAUCUAAGUCGCUUAUUGAAGCUGAAGCGAUCUACCAGGCUUGCGGCAUUCUGGGGGCUACAGUCAUGCCUCACAGUCUAUACUUGGGGUCAGGUAUUGUUCGACGAAUUACGCCCGUAUCGAAUGUCUCGUCAUCGUCGUCUGUAAUGGAUAAAGAUGUUGACAAAGGCCACUUUGUUCCUUCUGAAAAGGCGAUCAAACUCUCCCUCAAGUUUUCUAUCCUUGACCUCGCUGUUUCACUGUUCACAUUCGCACUCUUUGUUAAUUCGGCUAUUCUCAUUGUAGCUGGUGCAUCGCUUUACGGCGAUGCAUCCGCCCUCGGUGCGGACAUCUUCGGCAUUCAUGGUCUUCUCAGCCAGUCUAUUUCUCCGGCUGCAGGGACCAUAUUUGCCCUGGCACUGCUUCUCUCCGGUGUCUCGGCUGGAAUUGUUUGUACUAUCGCCGGCCAAAUGGUAAGCGAAGGCUCUUUGAACUGGAAGGUUAAGCCAUGGGUGCGUCGCUUGAUGGUACGCAGCAUCAGCAUCACCCCGAGUAUUAUCAUUGCGGGAGCUGUAGGCCGUUCAGGACUCAACGCAGCACUCAACGGAUCACAGGUGGCUCUGAGCGUCAUAUUGCCUUUUGUGACUGCGCCGCUCAUCUAUUUCACUGCUCGUGACAAAUACAUGACAGUCAGAGCCAGUGGAUCUGAUAGAAACAUUGUGGAAGGAAAUGGCAUGACGAACGACAUGCAUGGAGAAGAAGCCGGAAUGCAGCCCGAAGAUCUCAAAAUGGCCAACUCUUGGUUCACAACGAUCAUCGCUAUCUUGGUGUGGCUCUUCAUGGCAGUCAUGAAUGUUGCAAACCUGGUGUUCCUCGGGAAGUAG